CCCACCAGGGUCUUCUUUUUCUAGAUGCCUGUCCGGAAUGACUUUCCGCGAGCCCAAAUGUGCUCGUCAGCCUCAAGAUGUACUCGUAUUUAAACGCGGUGCUUGGACCUGUGCCUCUCUCCAUUUCGGACCCCUCUAACCUCGUGGUCUUCAUCGUGGACGCAUCUGGCUAGGACAUUGGAAUCAUGGGUCGUUUCGGUCCCUUGGGAACGCUGCUGCUCGCAGCUGGGCUGAACGUCGAGCGAUGCCUCGGGCAACAGGGCACGCCAGCUGUGUACACGGACAGCGAAACUGGUAUCAUCUUCAACACUUGGACGGUCCCGGACAAGGCAGAUGGUGCUACCGGUGUGUCGGCCUGGGGUGGGCUGACCUUCGGUGUUGCACUACCUGAGAAUGCUCUCUCGGUCGAUGCUACCGAGUUCAUAGGAUACCUGAAAUGUGGCUCCAACGGCACGACCUGGAACUCCUAUUGCGGUGUAUCGUUCGGAGGGCCGAUGACAAACAGCCUGCUCCUUAUGGCCUGGCCGUACGAAGACGAAGUUUUGACGUCGUUCCGUUUCGCCAGUGGAUAUACUAGCCCCGAUCUCUAUACCGGCAAUGCCACGUUGACGCAAAUCUCAUCUACCAUCAAUGAAACACAUUAUAGUGUGAUUUUCAGAUGUCAGAAUUGUCUGGCGUGGGACCACGGUGGUGCCUCCGGCGCUGCAUCGACCAGCGGUGGCUCAUUAGUGCUAGGUUGGGCCGCUGCGCUUCGCGCACCGACGAACGCUGACUGCCCAGCCGAUAGUGUUGUUGCGUUCCACAACAAUGGCGAAAGUAUCUGGGGGGCUACUUUGAAUCAGCAGGCGGCGAAUCCGUCGUAUUCGAGAUGGGCCGAGCAAGCCACUGCUACGGUUACUGGGAACUGUGGGAGCACGACACCCACAUCGACCUCCUCCGCGACUGUCCCUACCGCUACCGCUACCGGUAUCCCGGUGCCAACCGGCACCUACGACUACGUCAUUGUCGGUGCGGGAGCCGGCGGGAUACCCAUAGCUGACAAGUUGAGCGAGGCGGGUAAGAGUGUUUUGCUCAUCGAAAAGGGACCCCCUUCCUCGGGACGAUGGGGAGGGACGCUGAAGCCGGAGUGGCUGGAGGGUACCAACUUGACUCGUUUCGAUGUCCCGGGCCUAUGCAAUGAGAUCUGGGUCAACUCGGCCGGCAUCGCGUGCACCGACACCGACCAGAUGGCCGGUUGCGUGCUCGGCGGAGGCACGGCCGUCAACGCCGGUCUGUGGUGGAAGCCCUACGCUCUGGACUGGGAUUACAAUUUCCCUGACGGAUGGAAAUCCAAGGAUAUGGCUUCGGCAACCAAUAGAGUGUUCUCUCGUAUUCCGGGAACAGACACUCCUUCGACGGACGGCAAGCGGUAUUACCAGGAGGGCUUCGAAGUCCUCGCUGGCGGCUUGCGAUCUGCAGGCUGGAGCGAAGUUACCGCUAAUAAUCUCCCCAACCAGAAGAAUCGCACCUUUGCUCAUUCGCCCUUCAUGUUUUCCGGCGGCGAGCGCGGUGGUCCCAUGGGCACUUACCUCGUUUCUUCUAGCCAGCGCACGAACUUCCAUUUAUGGUUAAACACGGGAGUGAAGAGGGUGAUUCGGGAUGGCGGGCACAUCACUGGUGUCGAGGUCGAGCCCUUCGGAGAGGGCGGCUAUACUGGUGUCGUCAACGUCACACCCGUUACCGGCCGCGUCGUCCUCUCUGCCGGUGCUUUCGGGUCGGCCAAGAUCUUGUUAAGGAGUGGAAUCGGGCCAAACGAUCAGCUUGAGGUCGUCCAGUCAUCCACGGAUGGUCCGACGAUGAUCACCAACAGUUCUUGGAUCAACCUGCCGGUUGGUUACAACCUAGAGGACCACACGAAUACUGACACCGUCGUUACGCACCCCGACGUCAAAUUCUACGACUUUUAUGAAGCUUGGGAUGACCCGAUCCCCGCCGACAAGGAUCAAUACCUAGGUUCUCGCUCGGGUAUCCUGGCUCAAGCAGCGCCAAAUAUCGGACCACUAUUCUGGGAUGAGAUCCAGGGCGCCGACGGCGUCGUCCGACAACUCCAGUGGACAGCUAGAGUUGAAGGGAGCGCCGGUACACCAAAUGGAUAUGCGAUGACCAUGAGCCAGUACCUCGGGCGGGGGGCCAAGUCAAGGGGCCGUAUGACGAUUACGAGGGCGUUGACAACUGUGGUGUCGACAGUGCCCUACUUACAUGAUCAGAACGACGUGGCGGCUGUUAUCCAGGGGAUCAAGAACGUCCAAGCAGCCUUGGCGAACGUCGAGGGUCUCGUUUGGACCUAUCCGCCGGCGAACGUAACUGUGGAAGAUUUCGUCAACGAUAUGCUCGUCUCGUACACCAACCGGCGCUCAAACCACUGGAUCGGUACCGCCAAGCUUGGCACGGACGACGGUCGGACAAACAGCGGUUCGGCGGUGGUAGACCUCGACACCAGGGUGUAUGGCACGGACAACCUGUUCGUCGUCGACGCGAGCAUCUUCCCGGGCCACAUCACGACGAACCCAGCCUCGUACAUCGUGAUCGCAGCUGAGCGCGCUUCGGAGAGGAUCCUGGCCUUGGCGCCACCCCAGGCCCAGCCGCAGUACGCGCAGUGCGGCGGAAAGCAGUGGACGGGCAGCUUCCAGUGCGCGGCGCCGUACACUUGCACGGCCCAGAACGAGUACUAUUCUCAGUGCGUCUGAUGAGAUAAUUGUG